AUUUGUACAAAUUUCAUCGUGCUAAAUCAAUUUAAAAUGAAACAUACAGGCAAUUUGUGACCGUAUACAUUUGUCUAUCUAGCAGUUCAAUAGGCAAUAGGAAAUUGACGCACAUUACAGAAUAAAAGAUCAUGAGUUCUUCAAAAGAAUAUGAUGAACGCAAAUUCAACGUUCAAAGAAAUCAACAUGCUUCUACAUCACGAAACUACGACAGAGACUCGAAGUCGUCGUUCAAGCAGUAUCGACAUAAGCAUGAAUCAAGGUCACCCAAUCGACACCGCAGAUCUAGGUCUCGCUCCCCCCAUCAACAAUUGAACAAAGUGGAGAGGUUUUGCAGUCCUUUGGAAUCAAGUACCUACAAAUCUACUUCAAGACACAGAAAUAGUUCGGUUAGUCCCGAUAGAAAAAAUAUCAAGUCUGAACGUCACUCACACUACUCAGACCACCAAUCGAACCAGAAUAAACAAUCAAAGUAUGAAGCACCUGUAGAGAAUACCGAUAAGCUGGAAGAAACCAAUUUGGUGAACUUUUCAUUUCUCAAUCAUAAAAACAUACUAAACCGCGUCCUACUCGGCUACUGCAGUCGUGAUCAACUCGUCACCGAUUCGAAUGAUUUUUGGUUAUUUUUGAACAAAUACGAAACACUGUUAAAGAAAAGUGGUCAAUGUAUUCUACCUCAGCCUGUGGAUGAAUCAGAUCUACGAACGGAUGAUUUAAUUCAAUCGCAGUACAAUAACACAUACUGUACGGCGAUUUCGCUUGAUGUCCGAUUUGAUGAGCUGUACAGCAGACUUCGUCAAGUUGAUGAAAGUGGAAAAAUCAGUGCUUUAAAAUUGAAGCAGUUCUUACAGAUAGUAUUGCAUUACUUAGAUUUUCGCCAGAAGGAACGUUUCAAUAAGUUAAUGAAACUCCGAAAGGCACAAGCUGAACUUCCGGUUGCGAAGUACAAGGAUGAAAUCGUGUCUGCUGUACGUAACGAAACUGUGCUCAUUCUUGCUGGUGAUACGGGUUGUGGGAAGUCCACUCAAGUACCCCAAUAUCUCCAUCAUGCUGGCUUCGAAAAGAUUGCUUGCACCCAGCCUAGACGAAUUGCAUGCAUUUCGCUUUCCAAGCGAGUAGCACACGAAAUGCUGUGUGAGUAUGGAACACAAGUCGGCUACCAGAUACGCUUUGAAAGAUCUAAAAGUACCCAGACAAAUAUCCUGUUUAUAACGGAGGGACUGCUUUUGCGACAACUCGCUGCUGAGGAGUUUCUUUCGGAGUAUUCAGUUAUCAUUCUGGACGAAAUACACGAGAGACAUCUUCACGGUGAUUUUCUGCUCGGAAUAACCAAAUGUCUCAUAAGAGCUAAGCCUGAUGUGAAGUUGGUUCUCAUGUCAGCCACCAUUAAUAUCAAGCUGUUUGGUGAUUACUUUGCUGAAGAGAAAGCUCAUAUCAUAGAAGUUCCUGGUCGAUUAUUUCCGAUCAAACUGCACUACAUGCCACAAGUGCGAGAAAUUUCGGUAGCAAGUACAAGUAAGGGUAAACAGAAAACCAGUGACCGUAUCAGUCCAGAUCCGUAUCUUCAAAUUUUGCAACUGAUCGACCAAAAGUAUCCCCCUACCGAGAAAGGAGACGUUUUGAUCUUUUUAAGCGGUUUGAAUGAAAUCACGACAAUCGUUGAUGCUGCCAAAGAGUACGCCGAGAAAAGUAAGAACUGGAUAAUUCUUCCAUUGCAUAGUACCCUUUCGAUAUCCGAACAGGACAAGGUGUUCGAUUACGCACCGGACGGGAUGCGAAAAUGCAUCAUUUCUACAAACAUUGCUGAGACUUCGGUGACAAUCGAUGGUAUUCGGUUUGUCAUCGAUUCUGGAAAGGUCAAAGAGAUGAGUUAUGAUCCAACCACCAAGAUGCAACGGUUGAAGGAAUUUUGGAUAUCGAAGGCAUCCGCCGAACAACGUAAGGGUAGAGCAGGGCGAACGGGCCCAGGCAUAUGUUACCGACUAUAUGCAGAAAAACAAUUCUACGAUUUCGAUGCAUAUACAACGGCGGAGAUAUUGAAAGUACCACUAGAAUCCCUACUGUUGCAAAUGAUUUCGAUGGGGUUGCCAAAUGCUAGAAUGUUUCCCUUCGUGGAACCACCACCGUCGGAAAACGUGGAAAAUGCCAUCAUGAACUUGAAACAUCAUGAGGCACUAACGGUAGAUGAAAAACUUACGCCGUUGGGUAAAGCACUGGCAAAGAUUCCCGUAGAUAUCGGAAUUGGUAAGAUGUUGCUGAUGGGAUGCGUAUUUCAACAGCUGCAGCCAGUUUUAACCUUAGCUGCUGCGUUGAGUGUCCAGUCGCCUUUUACAAACCGAGCUUAUCGCGAGGCUGAGUGUGAGCGUGCUUUGCGUUCUCUUGAAUCAGACCACGGUGAUCCGAUUACUCUUCUGAACGCUUACAAAGAAUGGUUGGAGUUGAAACAGGAUCGUGUAGAAUAUCGACGAGAUGAACAACGGGAAAGCACUAAAAGUUGGUGCCGUAGACGAGGUCUCGAAGAGCAACGUUUCUACGAAAUUACCAAACUUAGAAAUCAGUUCCAAGAUUUACUGCAAGAUUGUGGACUCAUGGAGAGUAAUAACACGGAUAAUAUGACCAGUGCUGAACGGGCCAUUCGUCACGGCGAGCUGAAACAAUUGAAAGAACUUCGGAAAGCGCACCGAAUGGAAGCUCCGCGGAAAAGGCAACUGCUAAAAUCCGAUAUGUGGGGAGCUGAGGAUGGAGAAGAGGAUGAUGGCAAAAUCGAUAUCAGGGAUGUUGAGUUUCGGAUGAAUCUUGACUCAUCAAAGUUGCAAAAUUUGGUGAGUGGUGCCACGGCCUGUAGCUAUCGAGAUUUGAUGACGUUGAAAUUAAUUCUGGUUAGUGGCUUAUAUCCUCAAGUGGCGAUAGCUGAUGAGUACAACUAUUGCAAAGGACCAUCAGAACAAUUCUUCCACACACAAACGAAACCCUAUGCGACGCUUCACCCGAUGGGAUUUUUUGCAAACAAUGUACAAAUGAUACAGUUAAGUGAUAAUGACAUUGUUGAGAAGAGUGGCAUAUAUAGAUCUCGUCAACCGCUGAGUUCCCAUCACCAAAUACUUUGCUAUUUAACUUUGUUGGAGACUAACAAGACAUAUUUGAUGAAUACUCUUCGCAUGCCAGCAGCUCAAACGUUGCUACUAUUUGCGCAUACGAUCGACAGUAAUUCGACCUUUUCAAGGCUAAUCUGUGAUUCUUGGUUAUGUUUGGAUUUCCCUUCUCCCGAAAGUGGUCAAAUUUUGCUGUAUAAGGCAUCCAAUCUUAGGCGUUUGUGGAAUAAAAUGUUGGCAGAGAAAUUGAAAGCUGUUACAAAGUCUACCGACGAAGACAGCUCCCAAACCGAUCAAGAAAAGGCGAUCGAUCAGAUGAACUAUGAGCUCUGGCAUGAUCUUGCCCAGUUUAUGAACACGGAAGUUUGUUACACUAUCAAACGUUUGCUUCCAGCUGAUGUCAAAACUAUGUAUAAAGGCCCUUCUGCAACUGAACCGCUGGAAUUAGAUCCGAAUCCGUUUGCACCGGAUUUUGUACCCACAAUUAAUGAAAUCAAAGGAGGGAUGCAUUUAACGGAGAAUAUUUUGUAUGCAUGCAUAACGGAAACGGACUGGAGCAUACAGAUGUAUGAAGAAAUAGUGGCAAAUGAUUGGGAGUGUCCUAACUGUAGCUGUUCAUAUAACUUGACUUGUUUUCAGAAGUUGCAACAUAAGCACGUUUGUAAACCAAGUGCAACAGAUCAUGGCAAUUCAUCUGAGAGGAUGCCUAAUAAUCAUGGCAAGCAGAAGUCAAACGCGAAAAAUUUCGAAUGUCCAGUUUGUCAAACUACACUCAACCUCACACCAAUUGAGAUACUGAAGCAUAAAAAAAUAUGUAGGAACAAGGUCAAACAGGAAACCGAAUAAACAUGUUUUUCAAUUUAUUUUCAUACAUCAA